AUGCAUGAAACGUCCGUUGCAUCAAGCAAGGUUUUUUCUCAUUCUCAAACGCGACAACGACAACGACAACAAAGUCCUCUUCUUCCUCUCCAAGUCUUCGACAACAAAUGCAUGACGAUGAUACCUUUUUCCGGUGCUGCUUCGGCAGCCGCUCCUUCGGGAGCCUUGUGGAUGCGACUUGGUGGCUUUGUCCCCGUCAAUUCACUGGUGAAGGCGUUAUCUUGCGGUGGUUCCUCUUUUGGGGUGGUUCGUCCUCGUGCUGUAAUCGUUGGCAAUGGUGUCGUUUCAUGUUCCAGUCUCAUCAUCAUCAACCAUCAACCAUCACAUCACAACAGGUACGGUCCACGAGUACGCAUGCAGGCAUGUCAUUAG